ACUACAACUCCCAGCAUGCCCAGUAGUGUUGAGCGGCAUAGGCCAUAUUCGAAUUUGCAAUAUUUUGUGAAUAUAUGGAUGAAUAUUCGUCAUAUAUUCCUGAAUUUCGAAUAUUCGUUAUAUUCGAGUUGAUUUUUAAACAUUGCGAAUUUUCGGCAAUUGCGAAAAUAAUUGCGAAAAUAACUGAUUGCGGAAAUUUCGUCCCUCGCGCGCAUGCACGCUAUUACAUCACGCGAUAACAGAGAUUGUUUCCUGGAUGCUUGUAAGGUGAGAUCGCGAUCGCGAAUAAGCUAAGCGAAGCGAAGAUGGUGGGAAGUAAUUUCAGCGAAAGUGAGGAGAGAGUUCUGAUUUGUCGUUUCCUUGAAAAAGGUUAUGAUCAGACCCGCUCCCAGAUUGUCAAGAAGGACAUUGUCCAUUCCCUAAUGCGGGAGCUGAGGAGAGAUCACGGCGGCAGACAUGACCGCAUGGCGGUCUUAAAAAAAUGGUCGGACCUAAAGAGGCGGCACAUGGACCGGGUCCGACAAAUACGGGACCAGUAUCACCCAGGAGCUACUCUAGCCACGGUCAGUCCAAAGCGGACCAGGCGACAGGCCAAGGCAGAGGAGGAGGAGGAGGAAGAGAUCAUCCCGGAGGAGGAAGAGGAGGGGAUCAUCCCGGAGGAGGAGGAGGAGACACAGGAGCAGGAGGAGGAACAGCCAGGGCCCUCCCACAUGUCCCAAGCCAUACCACCACCACCAGCACCACAGGAGGGAGAGGAGGGGAAUUCCUCCCCACUCUCCAGUCAAGAUGUGGCCUACACUCCAAAUCAGUAGAUUGCCCAAAAAUUAAAAAAAGAAAUAAAAAAACUAAAAAAAGACCAUGAAAAAAUGAGAAAGGACAUGAUGAGGAUGGCGUGGAAAAUAGUGAGAUUGGAGGAGUUGAUUAAUAAGUUAACAUAGUUUUUUUUUUUUUUUUAUAUUUAUUUCUUCUUUUUCUUUAAAAGUUAAUCAUAAAAAAAAAAUGUGUGGUCUCCUUUUUAUUUAUUUUCUUCCCUUGUUUAGAACAGGUGACUAAAAAUUUCCAUGUGGACUUUUCGUUGGGAGGAGUUAACAGCAAUGGUCUAAUGGGUCUGCAGCAUGAGUAGACAUGACAGCACCAGACGUGAUCGCAGCAUGAGUAGUCAAUAUUGUGGCAAAUUGACUUGGGUUCUUAAG